AUGGCUGGUCCUCGCGCACCCAUCGGAACCCUCUCCCAACACGCCGCCAACGCCGCUGCCCUCGCCCGCAACACCUCCACCAACGUCUUCUCCCAGCAAAAAUCACAACUCAAGUCCAAGAAGGGCAAGCAAGAAGAGAGCGACUCCGAUUCCGACAGCUCCUCCAGCGACGAUAGCAGCAGCGAUAGCGACAGCGAUUCCCCCGCACCCGACGCCGACUGGGCCAGCAAGUUGAAGAAGACGAACAUGGCGCAAACGAAAACCACAAAGGCCGCCUCGCCUGCCCCCAAGACGGCUGCGAAGGCCAAUGCAGAGUCCGUCAAGGCCAAGCCAGUAGCUAAGAAGGCAGAGUCAGAGUCAGAGUCCUCGUCCGAAUCCGAAUCCGAGUCUGGAUCUGAGUCCGAGUCCUCGUCCGAGUCGGAGGUCGAACAGAAGAAGCCUGUCAAGAAGGCGGAAGAAAAGAAGCCAGCGGCGCCAGCGGUCAAGAAGGUGACCAAGAAGGCCGAGAGCAGCAGCGAGUCUAGCAGUGAAGAGGAGAGUGGAAGCGGAUCGGAAGACAGCAGCAGUGACGACGAGGAGGAGAAGAAGAUCAAGCCUGCGCCCAAGGCUACACCAAAGGCUGCACCCGCGACCGCCAAGAAGACUGCUAAGCAACCCACACCCUCAUCAGAAGAUUCAAGCUCUGAGGAGAGCGAGAGCGAGAGCGAAGAAGAGGCGGCACCAAAAGCCAACACUAGCGCCAAACUUGCAAAGCCCGCUAGCAAGACACCCGAGGCCACCAAGGCCAAACCAGUGGUCAAUGGCAACUCCAAGUCCAACGAGACCGUGAGCAAGUCUGACGACGAAUCGUCUGAGGAGGAGUCGGGUUCCGAGGAGGAGGAGUCUGACGAGGAGAUGGCCGAUGCUCCCCAGCCCAAGGUCGCCCCCAAGAAGGCAUCUGGUGCCCAACUGCCCCAAAUUAUCGCGCCCAACUUCCAAAUGCGCAAGGCCGAUGCGAGCACCGACGCCAAGGACGUCGCCCGAACAUUCCAAAAGGCCCAAAGCGAGGGCAAGCAAAUCUGGUACUUCACCGCCCCGGCCUCGAUCCCCAUCGAGGUGAUCCAGGAGCACGCGCUCCCGCUCAGCAAGAUCCAGUCCGGCGAGCCCAUCAUCACCCACAACGGCGCCGAGUACAACGCCACUCUCGAAGAGGGCACCACGCUCCACUCGAUCCAGGUCCUCCUCCCCACCGAGACCGGCGACAAGUACGAGCUUAUGAAGCAGCCCAUCGCCCAGGCGCUGCACAUCAAGCGCGUCACCCGCCUCAACCCCGCCGCCGCCGCGACCGCCGCCGUCUCCGCUCCCGCAACCGGCAUCGUCCCUCGCCCUCAACCCGCCGGUCUCAAGGCCCGCUUCUACCCCAUCGGCGCCUCGCCCGCUGCUCCCACGGACAACACCGGCAAAGACGCUGAUUCCGAUGUUGACAUGGCCGAGGCUGCCCCUGCCAAGUCGUUCUCCAAGAAGCGCAAGAGCGAGACCGGUUCCGAGGACGCUCCCGCCAAGAAGACGAAGAAGACCAAGGAGCCCAAGGAGGCCAAGGAGACUAAGACCUCCAAGAAGGCCAAGUCCGAGACGCCUAUUGCUCCCCCUGCUGUUCCUGGCGCGGCUGCGACCAAGAAGACGUCGGUCACUCCCAAGAAGGUCACGCCUAUCUUGCCUCCUACUAUCCCUGGCUCAAAGUCGAAGAGCUCUUAG